UUUUUUUUUUUUUUACUAAAAUGGAUGUAUCAAUUCAAUAUGAACAACAAAUAUACACAAAACAAUUCUGGAUAGGCAUCAUUGUAUCCAUCGUAACCAACUUUAUUCAAUCAUUUGCAAUGGCAUUUCAACGUAAAUCUCAUCUACUGAAUGAUUCCAUCUAUCCAAUAGAAGAACGAAAACAUUAUCUCAAGCGACCCCUUUGGGUAAUCAGUUUUUGUGCAUUUCUGACAGCCAAUAUCAUUGGGUCUAUUUUUACCAUUGGCUAUUUACCCAUUGUCAUCUUAGCACCAAUCGGAGCUCUAUCACUCGUGUUCAACGCAUUAGCUGCUAAGCUCAUCCUUGGUGACCCAUUCGAUCUCAAAAAAGUAUUGGGCACCUGUCUUAUCGUUCUCGGCACACUCCUUCUCGGCCUCUUUGGCGUCGUAUCCGAACCAGACCAUGACAUAGAUGACCUGAUAAGGUUAUAUAAAAAGCCUGGCUUUAUUGCCUAUUUUAGUUGUUUAGAAUUCGUGAUAGUCACAAGUGCAUUGUUAACUCACUACUGUGAGUAUCUGUAUGAUCAAAUAGAGUCAGCGGCUUUACCUCCUACGACCGUGGGUAAGUGGGUGGGUCGAUGGAUUGAAAAGAAUGAAUUUAAGAAAUAUAUUGGCAUCAGUUAUGGUGUAUUGGCAGGCAAUAUUAGCAGUCAAAGCAUGCUAUUUGCAAAAAGUGGUAUCGAAUUGAUCAUCCUUACUAUUGUAUCUGAUAAGAAUCAGCUACAACAUUCUUUAACUUGGAUCUUAUUGAUCAUGAUGGUCGGUACGGCCGUCCUGCAGCUGCAUUAUUUAAACAAAGGAUUACAAUUAUGUGAUACUGUCAUUAUGCUUCCUAUAUCAUGCUGCGUCUUUAAUGUAUCAUGUCUCUUCAAUGGACUGGUUUAUUAUGAUCAAUGGGAUCGAUUUACAUGGUAUCAACUUGUACUUGUCAUGAUCGGAGUGUCCUUGACUAUCGGCGGUGUCCUCUUGAUCUCGUGGAAGCAGCAGUUGAAUAAACUGACAGAAGAGGAAGCGAUUACGAUUCAUGACGAACUGUUACCUCAAGCAGAUGCUAGACAUCGACCUAAUGAAGAGACCAAGUUGUUGCAAUCAAAUAAUACAAGAUAUACUUGAUUAAUAUAGAAUAUAGCUUAAUAGAAUCCCCCCCUUUUUUUUUUUUACUAUUUGUAAAUAAUGCAGUACAUUACUUAUUUUUUAACAUGAAUAAAUUGGUCACAUUUUGAAAACAAAUGGAUCAACAAAUAAAUAGAUCACUUUUAUUGAAGCUGUUUUCUGUAGAGAGAGUGUCUUGUGAAUGUAUUGUGGG